AAGCAAAUUGAAAAGGGGCUAUAUUGAAGAAACCGAAACCGCAGGGACUUUCAUCAAUGGCGGGGUUGUACGAUAAUCAAGCUGAUAUGUACGUGGAAGCUCGGCCAACUUACCCAAUUGAAUGGUAUUCAAAGCUGGCCGCUCUCACUCCUCACCACAACUUGGCUUGGGACGUUGGCACCGGCAACGGCCAAGCUGCUACUGGCGUGGCAGAGCACUACAAGCAAGUGAUUGCAACGGACGUAAGCAUGGCCCAGAUAGAGCGAGCUAUUCCCCAUCCUCGAGUCCGAUACCUCCACACUCCACUAACAAUAAACGACAACGAGUUAGUGUCGUUGAUUGGGGGUGAAAACUCGGUGGAUCUAAUAACCGUAGCAACAGCAGUUCAUUGGUUCGACCUUUCACGCUUCUAUUCUCUUGUCUCUCGGGUUUUGCGCAAACCAGGAGGAGUGAUCGCCGUUUGGUGCUACUUCAACAUGGUUGUGAGUCCCGAAUUCGACUCCCUCAUGAAGAAUUUUUACGACUCGAUGCUGCCGUUUUGGGACAAGGAAGUCAGAAGCUACGUGAUUGAGGAUUACAAAACGCUGCCGUUUCCAUUUGAAAGUGUUGGGUUGGGUUCUGAGGGGAAUCCACAUCGUUUGGACAUACAAAAAGAGCUUUCUUUUAAUGGAAUUUUGAAGCUGUUCAGGUCUUUCUCUCCUGUUGAUUUGGCUAAGAGCCAGGGUGUGGAUUUGUUACCUCCAGAGGUAAUUAAAGGCUUGGAGAAUGCUUGGGGUGGGCCUAGUACUUCGAUCAGGGCUGUCACAUACAAGGCUUUUAUGCUUGUUGGUAAAGUUAGGCCUUAAUUAGUCUUGUGCUUUUUAUUUCUACUGAAUAAAUUGUAAGAAUUUUAAUUAAUAUGGUCAUUACCAAAGAUUUCAAAAGUUUUUAUAAUAAUCAGUUCUCACUAUACAA